UCCUUCUCCAUUCUCUCUCCCGAAAACCCGGACCCGAAUUCCUGACCCGAUUCGGCCUCUAAUCCUCAUCUCCCCUAAACGUCGUUCUCCCACCAUGACUCUCUCUAGGGUUCCCGCACUAUAAAAAUCCUCCUUCGCUUUUCUUAUUUUGUCACAACCGAAAAACAAGUCUCUAGAGCUCCGGUGAGCUCCCCACUCCGCAACCAUGAGCGGCGGCGCUAAGGCCAUCAGCCUCGAGGAGAUCAAAAACGAGUCCGUCGAUCUGGAACGGAUUCCAAUUGAGGAAGUUUUUGAGCAGUUGAAAUGUUCAAGGGAAGGGCUUACCGCCGACGAGGGUCAGAACAGGCUCCAAGUUUUUGGGCCGAACAAGCUAGAGGAGAAGAAGGAAAGCAAAGUACUGAAGUUUUUGGGGUUCAUGUGGAAUCCCUUGUCCUGGGUCAUGGAAGCUGCUGCUAUAAUGGCUAUUGCGUUGGCAAAUGGUGGUGGAAGGCCUCCAGAUUGGCAGGAUUUUGUUGGAAUUAUGGUCCUGCUGAUUGUUAACUCUACCAUCAGCUUUAUUGAAGAAAACAAUGCUGGAAACGCGGCUGCUGCACUUAUGGCUGGUCUUGCUCCUAAAACUAAGGUCCUUAGAGACGGUCGAUGGACUGAGCAGGAGGCUUCAAUUUUGGUACCAGGAGACAUAAUCAGCAUAAAGUUGGGAGACAUAGUGCCUGCUGAUGCUCGUCUUCUUGAGGGUGAUCCUCUGAAGAUUGACCAGUCUGCCCUAACUGGCGAGUCCCUUGCUGUUACUAAAAAUCCUGGAGAUGAAGUCUUUUCUGGCUCAACAUGUAAACAGGGUGAGAUUGAAGCAGUUGUCAUUGCAACUGGGGUACACACCUUUUUUGGUAAAGCUGCACAUCUUGUGGACAGCACCAACAAUGUUGGGCAUUUCCAGAAAGUUCUGACAGCAAUUGGGAACUUCUGCAUUUGUUCUAUUGCGGUGGGAAUAGCAAUUGAGAUUGUUGUUAUGUACCCAAUUCAGAAGCGCAAGUACAGGGAUGGGAUUGAUAAUUUGCUUGUUCUCUUGAUUGGAGGAAUCCCCAUUGCUAUGCCUACUGUAUUAUCUGUCACGAUGGCUAUUGGUUCGCACAGGCUUUCACAGCAAGGUGCCAUCACAAAGAGGAUGACUGCCAUUGAGGAAAUGGCUGGCAUGGAUGUAUUGUGCAGUGAUAAGACUGGGACCUUGACCCUGAACAAGCUUACAGUCGAUAGAAAUCUAAUUGAAGUGUUUCCCAAGGGUGUGGAGAAAGAGCAUGUAAUCCUUCUUGCAGCAAGGGCUUCUAGGACUGAAAAUCAGGAUGCUAUAGAUGCUGCCAUAGUAAAUAUGCUUGCUGAUCCAAAGGAGGCGCGCGCUGGUGUAAGAGAAAUCCAUUUCCUUCCAUUCAACCCUGUUGAAAAGAGAACUGCUUUGACCUACAUUGAUUCUGAUGGGAACUGGCAUCGAGCUAGCAAAGGUGCCCCUGAGCAGAUAUUAGAACUAUGCAACUGCAAGGAAGAUUUCAAGAGAAAGGUUCAUGCUGUCAUUGAUAAAUUUGCUGAACGCGGGCUUCGUUCUCUUGGGGUUGCAAGACAGCAAAUACCCGAGAAAACUAAAGAGAGUGCAGGAGCACCGUGGCAGUUUGUUGGUUUGUUGCCGUUAUUUGAUCCUCCUAGGCACGACAGUGCAGAAACUAUCCGCAGAGCUCUCAAUCUCGGUGUGAAUGUGAAGAUGAUCACUGGUGAUCAGCUUGCCAUUGGUAAGGAAACUGGACGGCGGCUUGGUAUGGGGACAAACAUGUAUCCGUCUUCUGCAUUGCUUGGCCAAGACAAGGAUGCAGCCAUUUCUUCCCUCCCCAUUGAUGAAUUGAUUGAGAAGGCUGAUGGAUUUGCCGGAGUAUUUCCAGAGCACAAAUAUGAAAUUGUGAGGAGGCUACAAGACAGGAAGCACAUUUGUGGAAUGACUGGAGAUGGUGUCAAUGAUGCUCCUGCUUUGAAAAAAGCAGACAUUGGAAUUGCUGUAGCUGAUGCCACUGAUGCUGCUAGAGGUGCUUCAGAUAUUGUUCUGACUGAACCUGGAUUAAGUGUGAUAAUAAGCGCAGUACUUACAAGCAGGGCCAUAUUCCAGAGAAUGAAGAACUAUACUAUCUACGCCGUUUCAAUUACCAUACGUAUAGUGUUUGGUUUUAUGUUCAUCGCUUUGAUAUGGAAGUUUGACUUUGCACCUUUCAUGGUAUUGAUCAUCGCUAUACUAAAUGAUGGUACGAUCAUGACAAUAUCCAAGGACCGAGUGAAACCAUCUCCAAUGCCAGACAGCUGGAAACUGAAAGAAAUUUUCGCUACCGGCAUUGUUCUUGGAGGUUACAUGGCCUUGAUGACAGUAGUCUUCUUUUGGUUGAUGAUAGAUACAGACUUCUUCCCGGAUAAAUUUGGUGUACAUUCUAUAAGGAAUAGCCCUGCUGAAAUGAUGGCAGCAUUAUACUUGCAAGUGAGUAUUAUUAGCCAAGCCCUUAUCUUUGUCACAAGGUCCCGCAGCUUUUCCUUUCUGGAACGCCCUGGACUUCUCUUGCUUGGAGCUUUCAUCAUCGCUCAAUUGGUGGCGACUUUGAUAGCGGUCUAUGCCAACUGGGCUUUUGCACGGAUAAAUGGAUGUGGGUGGGGAUGGGCUGGUGUAAUCUGGCUUUUCAGUGUGGUGACAUACUUCCCUCUCGAUUUUCUUAAGUUUGCAAUCCGUUACAUCCUUAGUGGAAAAGCUUGGGAUAACCUUUUGGAGAACAAGACUGCUUUUACUACAAAGAAAGAUUAUGGAAAAGAGGAGAGAGAAGCACAAUGGGCUACCGCACAAAGGACCCUACAUGGUCUCCAGCCACCUGAAAGCAGCAACAUCUUCAGCGACAAGAGCAGUUACCGGGAACUGUCAGAGAUCGCAGAACAAGCCAAGAGAAGGGCCGAGGUUGCCAGGCUCAGGGAGUUGAAUACACUGAAGGGCCAUGUUGAGUCCGUUGUGAAGCUGAAAGGGCUCGACAUAGACAAUAUCCAACAGCAUUAUACAGUUUGAGGAGAGGAGCUUUAGUGGGGAACAAAGAGGCCAAGUGCUUCGAUGAUGAUGAUGAAUCAAGACUUUAGUAAAUUUGUGUUUAGAUUAGAGCUAAAGUAAUAACCGUAUGAGAGAGCUAAACUAGUGUACUAGUUUACGUUUUUAUGGUUACCUAUUUGGCAAGCCAAAUAACAUGAAUUACAGUUUUCGUUUUUGCUCAUA